UGUGAAAACAGGGAUGGGGGACUUGUGAGUGUGUUGAGCCAGGCAGAACAGAACUUUGUACAGUCUCAUGUAGCUUCAGGGUGGCUUGGACUGAACUACAGCGACCCUCGAUGGACUUGGUCUGAUGGUUCCUACUAUCAUUACUCCAACUGGCACCAAGAGCAGGGAUCAGGUUCAUGUGCUUGUAUGCUGGGAUCAAAGGAAGAAUAUAAGUGGAGGAAGUUUCCUUGUAGUGAUCUGAACUCAUACUUCUGCAAGAAAAAUGCAGACAAGGAUGAAUGCUACAACUCUCCCUGUGGCCAUGGUGGGACUUGUGUGGACAUAAUUCCUGGAUUCUUCUGUG